AUGAGUUGGACUGCUUUGACCGAGCUCUUGUUGCAGCAGGCCAACAAAACAGCAGAGCAGGCCUCUUACGUGGAUGCCAUGCGACGAGAGUCGGACGGAGCUCUCUCGACAACACAAGAUGCCGAAGGGUGCUCGAGCUGCAGUGGACCGGCAGAUGACAACCAUGCGUUGCCGGAUGCUGCCCCAUGGUGGGCAAAGCUGCUAGUUCAUCAUGCAGAAGGUCUGACACGUCCGGGCGUGUUGAAGCAGUUCUCAGAGCCAAUGAAGUUGGUUUCUGGUUGCACAUGCAGUUUUGCAGAGGCCACAGUCCUGAAGGCGCGGGCCCAUCCAAUCUGUAACUGUAGCCGUAGUGCUGCUAGACUCUCGAGUGGAGUCACUGGUUGA